GCGGCGCCGGGCCCGCCGGGCGCACCAAGAUGGCGGCGCGGUGGUGGCGGCGCGCCCUGCGCGGGCUCUGCGGGGCCGCGCUGUUCCUGUCACAGCUCUCCGUCCUCUCGGGCCGCGCAGGAUCUUUGAUGACGACAAAGUUUUCACAGCCACAGUCUACGCUGGCAAAAAGCCUCACUUCAACAAGUACAAAUGCUCCCUAUUUUAAAGCAUUAGAAAGUACAGAAAUUCCACCUUACCUGACUAAUUGUCCCAGCAAUGGGCUUUGCAGUAGACUGCCACCAGACUGCAUGACAUGUAACACAAACUAUUCCUGUAUAUAUGGGAAGACAGCAACUUUUGAUUGCAAAGUCAAGCCGCAUGUUCAUUGUGUUGAUGAGAAUAACCACGAGCAGGAGAACUUCACAAUUAACAUGACGUGCCAGUUUUGCUGGCAGCUUGCCACAAGUGAUUAUGUCUGUACCAACUCCACAAGCUGCAUGACAGUUUCCUGCCCUCGGCAGCGAUACAAUGCAACUUGCACAGUCCGGGAUCACAUUCAUUGUUUAGGUAACCGUGUCUUUCCUAAGAUGCUUUAUUGCAACUGGACUGGAGGUUAUAAGUGGUCUACUGCCUUGGCACUAAGCAUCACCCUUGGUGGAUUUGGUGCCGAUCGUUUCUAUUUGGGUCAGUGGCGGGAAGGUCUGGGAAAACUCUUCAGCUUCGGUGGACUUGGAAUAUGGACACUAAUUGAUGUGCUGCUAAUAGGUGUUGGCUAUGUGGGACCUGCAGAUGGAUCUCUCUAUAUUUAAGUGUGGGUGCAAUGUGUUUCAGAGAGGAGUCAUUGCCUGCAAAGGGCUCUAAAUAAACGAGUGUGGAGUUUUGAGCCUUUAAGGCAGAAUGAAGAACAACUGUUUGUUCUGUGUGCAUACAUUUUAAUGUACAGUAUCUGUACUUGGUUUGCCUUUAACUAAGGUCAAAUAAAAGAGUGGAUCACUGA